AUGCCUGAUCCUUCCCUUCAAGAGGCUCAGCGCUGCGGGCGGCACGCGGACGUCUGCCAGCGUGUGGACGAGGCGGAGGCCAGGAAGAAAGCUGCCGUCCUCAACGACGAAUUGGAGGCAGCAAUCCAGAUAAAGUCCGAGAUCACAGCGAUCAAGGCCGAGCUCGCCCCGGAGACGGAAGUCGCCUCCUGGCGAGACCACGUGGCCAACGGGGCCCGCGACUCCAGCCUCCGCGGCACCGCCGAGCGGCUGGAGCAGCGGUGCCGCUGCAUGGACGACUCCUUCGGCCGGGCGGCCCUCGCCGUCGCCGUGCGGAACUUCGGCCGGUGCUGCCCCCCGGCAGGGCCGCCGAAGAGCCUCUCCGAGCUGCCCGGCUUGCUGCUGCGGAAGCGGCGGGCCGAGCAGAUGUCGCGGGCCGUGGAGGCCGCGAGCUCCGGCAGCGCGCGCCGGACGCUGGAGGCGCUGACCGCGUGCCUGCGCGCGGUGGCCCGGCUCCUCGGCGCGUGCACGGAGCAUCUGCGGGAGCUCUCGGGCCCGGAGUGGUCGGACGAGGAGCGGGAGGAGGCUGCGGGCUCCGACGAGUUCAAGGGCCUGCUCCAGGGGCUCGGCGCUGCGCGGCGCAUUCUCUGGCGGCUGGGCCUGGCGGCGGAGCUCUUCCUGCCGGGCGGCGACGCCGCCGCGGUGGACGACGGCGACGUCGCCGCGGCGGACGCGGCGAAGCUGCGCGAGCUCCACGCGGGCGCGGCCCAGCGCCUCGGCGAGGCCCGGUCCGCGUGGGCGCGGCUGGAGGCGGAGCUCGCGGGGCUGCGGGUCACGCUGGCGGCCUGGGAGCCGGACGAGUGCUUCGAGGUGGGGGGCGGCCCCGGGGCCGGCCAGGCGCGCUCCGCGCCCCUGUGCGCGCUGUGCCUGCUGCCCGCGAUGCCCAUGGGCGGCCUCGGCGCCGGCUCCUCGGAGGACGGGGGCGCUGUCUCGUCGCUCUGGAAGGGCGGCCUGUGGCACGUCAACUGCGCGAACUUCUGGGCCAGGCACACGGUGGGCCUCCUGGCGGACCUGGGCCUCGCAGACCCCUUUGCGUAG